UGAGAUCAUUGGUCGAUGGUUUAAACGUAAUGCUGUCACGAGUCCGUAGGCAGCCUGCAAGGUUUGAAUAGGGAAGUUUACUGCUCGCACAUCUCGCAUUGAGUUCAGUGUUUGCAAAUAGUGAUCUCAGACACGGAGGACCUAGAGGACUUUUGAGUGAAACGACAGACCGACGCUUCGCCGCCGUUGCAUGUGCGCCACCAGGAUAUUUACUUUUCCCCCGAAAAAGCAACCGUUGUCAUUCUGAUUUCAGAAAGAGACAACAUUUAAUUUAAGGCGUUAUUUAGUCUAGACACUUCUGUGAUUUAAAAUGGAUGUUCUACCGAUGUGCAGCAUUUUCCAGGAGCUUCAGAUUGUUCAUGACACUGGCUAUUUCUCGGCUUUGCCUUCCCUUGAGGAAUACUGGCAGCAGACAUGCUUGGAGCUGGAGCGCUACCUGCAGAGCGAGCCUUAUGUCUCUGCAUCUGACCUCAAGUUCGAGGGCCAGGAGGACCUGUGGAGCAAGUUGAUCCUGGCCUGCGGGGACAAGGCGAGCGAGACCGGAGCUGCCCACCACCACCACCACAGUCACCACAGCCACCACCGCCACCUCCAGGAGGACGACAAUCAGGAUGGCCAUUUGUCGGAGACCAACAGCCUGAACUCGGACGCCAGCAGCGAGGCCUCAGACAGCUCCGAGGAGCUCUCGCCCACGCACAGCUUCGCCUCCAACCCGCUGAGCUCGUCCAUGUCCCACGGCUCGGGCCACCUGAGCUCCUCGGUCAUCAGCACGCCGCCCUCCUCCCCGGAGGCCGCCUCCUCCGCGCACGAGCUGUGCGGGAACGGGGUGUCCUCCUCCUGGGGGGUGGCCCAGAGCGCCGAGAUGCACCUGCCCGCCAAGGGCCGCAGCGGCGUGGGCAAGAGCUCGGAGAAGAUGGGGGGUCUCGGUAAUGGAGGAGGUGGUGGGGGAGAGGACGCCGCUUCACCAGACGGCAGGAGGAGGGUUCAUCGGUGUCACUUCAAUGGCUGUCGCAAGGUGUACACCAAGAGUUCCCACCUGAAAGCACACCAGCGCACCCACACAGGAGAGAAGCCGUACAGGUGUUCAUGGGAGGGUUGUGCAUGGCGCUUCGCCAGGAGCGAUGAGUUGACCCGUCACUUCAGGAAGCACACUGGUGCCAAGCCAUUUAAAUGCAGUCACUGUGACAGGUGUUUCUCCAGGUCUGACCAUUUGGCCCUCCAUAUGAAGAGACAUCUCUAAGCUGGGUUUUAGUCUGAGAGUCGAACAGUUUGAAGCAAAGGGGAGAAGAACAGCUUGAACUAAGUGUCGUCUCCUAAACCAGUCGCGCGGUUGACCUGCCCCCUUACCCAAUGAAGGAAGGAAACGAAGAGGGGUUGGAGAGCGAGAGAGAGAGAGAGAAGAAGAAGAAAAGAAGCGUGAUUCAGCCAAAGCAUGCCAUUUUUGCACCUUUACCAGUGCCUCCCGGGGUUGCUCUCUUGGAGAAAAGGCGUUUCCGAAACGAUGGGUUUAUACAAGGAGAAGAAUUGGACAUUACACAAAGGAGGACAAAAUCAUGAACUGAAGAGAGAGGAUGGAAUAGGAAAUUGUGCCGGACGUUUUUUUUUAAAAGAGAGAGAGAGAGAAAAGGAAAAUGAUUUUUAAAAAGACCAAAAAAAAGUGAGUGAGUGAUGUGUAGUGCGUAUGGUGCAUGAUGUGUCGGGGAGGACUUCUGGACAGCCGAAAAAUCGCUGGUAUUUAAAAAACAAAAACAAAACGAAAAAAAAGACGUGCGUGAGGGUGUGAGGUGAGCAUGUGAGUGAGCUGAGUGUUUCCUUGCGGGGCCUGUUCGGUGUGUGUGCCGAGGGGAGGGGGGUGGUCGAGUUGUGUCGCUGUGGACUGAUGAGUGGUGUUAUUUUCUUUUUGUUUUCACGGAAACAAGUUCCGGUUUUGUUUCCUCAUUGUCUCCCGGAAAAGGGGCAAUGAAAAAGUGAGCGAGCAAGAGAGAGAAUGAGUGCGUGUAUGUGUCGGUCAGCGAGUGAGAACUGAGGAGUGUUGUCAGCGCCCCCCUUGUGUGUGGGUUGUCUUAUACGAAAAGUGGUAGCGAGGGGCACCCUUGUCCACUUCAACCAGGCAUCCAUUAAAGGGGGGGGAGCGGCUGAAAACCCAGAGUCUGAAUGAUCGAGGCUUUUUUGGUGUUUGGUGCAGCUACUAAACGUGCAAUGUGUUAUGCGGCUCGUCUCGACGAGCUGCGAUUAAAAAAAAGCUCAUUUGUAGUCCAUUGUAAUAAGCUGUGUGCUUAGAAAAUAUUACACGACUAUUAUUUCAGUAUAACAAAGACAGGUGUUGCAUGGUUCCGGGAGGGUUUUAAUUUCUACUCUUACCCUGUUGUUUGUUAUCAGGACUGCAAAAUAGAUUCCAAUAAAGUGCAGCUAAAGAGAAAACGGUUAAAUGUUACAAUGUUGUACAUAAGAUAAGCGUUUGAUGACCUUUUUCUUCCUUUUUUGACUUUCGAAAAACAAAAACUUUUCCCACAAAACUUAACGCACCCCAUCUUUGCUUACCUUUUUGGGAGAAACCACUAUUGCUUAGCAACCAUCUCAUUCAUGAAGCUUUUUCCUCCACUUAUCCAUGUUUUUCCAGGACUAAUUUUUUUGUAUUCUUUUUUUCUGUUCUUUGUCUCGUUUUCUUUUUCCCUGUUAAUGCACUGUUUGCCUUAAUGGUGCCUUAUGGGAGUGACCUUGUCUAGUGGAUGUGGUUGUGUGAGCUUGUUGAGAAGGGGUCGGGGAGAGGGGAAGAGAGGGGGCGAAAGGAGAAGGGUCACAUCUGUGUUUGUAUGAGUGAUUUAAAACACUUUUAAAAAUGCUUUAUUAAGGCUCAAUUUCACAUGAAACACCUUUUUCGAAAGCACCUUUGCCUUGUCUAUAUUGGCGGGUAUCUUACCACGAAAGCCCAUAUCUGAGGGCGGAUAUUGUUUGCCCAUCUUUUAGUAGCUGAGUUUGUUUCCGUUUUGUUUCUAUUCAUUUCAAGUCAUUUCUUAAACCCAGCAACAUAACUUCAGUCAACUAAAAAAAAUGUUAAAAAGAUGUGUGGAAAAAAUGCUUCAGUCAUCAUCUAAAGCACUUAAAUAUUCCUAUUUCAAAUGUAUUUACUACCAUGUAGUAGUAUCUACUCUAUGUACUGUAUAACAUGUUUUUUUUUUCUUUGAAAAAACAAAUCAUGUGUUUAGGUAAGACAACGCAUAAUUGGUACCAGCCCUCCCUUGUCUCUGUAACAGUAAAAAAAAGGCAUAAACUUAAGGCAUUUUCUUGCUUUAACAUCGAUGCAGAGAGUCUGUAACUUCACAGUAGCAGCACUGUGGAAAGUGCGUGUAUGUGUGUCUGUGUGUUGGCAUCACAUUUUAAGGGGUUACGGAGGCCAUAUUCCACCCCCUUUUAGCAAGGCCAACAAAAAAAAAAAGCAACAACAAAAAAUUGCAAAAGAUUUAUUGUAAUUAACAAGCCCCAGCCGGAGAAAAGGCCCUGGCUUGUACUGCAUUUGGCUAAUGAAUGGCUGAAGGCAGUGCUGGCAGGGGCAGCAGCAUAGACUGCUGACUCUGGAAGUUGGGUAUUGACCUGUCUGGGUGGCGAGCUUUCAGCCUCCGCCGACAGUAUUAUGGAAACACUGAACAGGGGAUCGAGAAAGAUAAAGAUGAAGCGCGCUGACCGCUUGCUGCUGCUGCUGCUGAUGCCCAUUUGAACUGCCACAAUGGAAAAUGUACAGACAUCAAAUCGACAAAAAUCUCUGCGCAAAAUGCAGUGCCCCAACAGUUCAUCACUGUUGUUAGGCAGCGUCUUAUAGAUUUUUAAAAGAAAAACCUUUGAUAUACAUGUUGUUUUUCCUUGCAGGGAAAGGGACCAAAAAG